AUGGGCAGAGACGAACAGCGAGAGGAGAGGGAGGUCCUGGACUCGAUCUUUCCGGAUGAGAUAACAGACAUCUCCGACACAGAGUACCGAAUCUCAAUCGCUCUCGAUGUCACAAACGCUGAGGAUGAUGACUCCGAACCUCCGACCCUGAUCCUCACAGUCCAAUACCCCGACGCCUACCCCGACGAAGCGCCGCGCCUCGACAUCUCCGCCCCGCCCAACGCGCCCAAGCACCGGCACCUCAGCAUCCAAGAUGACAAGGCCCGCCUGCUUGAAGCUCUCGAGCCCACAGUCGAAGAAAAUUUGGGGAUGGCAAUGGUCUUCACGCUCGUCAGCACUCUAAAGGACAGCGCCGAGCUGCUCAUCUCCGAGCGGCAGAAGGCGGCGCAGGCGCUGCGGGAUGUGGAGGCUGCGAAGGCGGAGGAGGCCGAGAACGCCAAGUUUCAUGGGACGGCGGUCACGAGGGAGAGCUUCAUGGAGUGGCGGGCGCGGUUUCGGCGGGAGAUGGAAGAGGAGGAGAGGAGGAGGACGGAGGAGAGGGAGAUAGAUGAGAAGAAGAAGAGGGGUGCCAAGGAGGAGAGGAAGUUGACGGGGCGGGAGCUUUGGGAACGGGGGUUGGUUGGGAAGGUGGAGGAGGAGGAUGAAGGGGAGGAUGGGCUGGAGGGGAUGGAAAGGGUGAAGAUAGAAGCGUAG